AUGGCAGAGAAGGAGUAUUGGAAUUCUCUAAAAAUGUCCUGGUGGUAUUUAUCCACCGGAAUGACCUUCACAAGCUUGCAAUAUGAAUUUGGGAUUGGACGAUCAACUAUUCCAAAAAUCGUCCGACAUUGCUGUAAAGUUAUUUGGAUUAUUCUGCAGCCAGUAGAAAUGCCAGAACCUACAAAGGAAACGUGGUUGGCGAUUGCAGAAAAAUUCUACGUGAAAACAAACUUUCCGAACUGUGUUGGUGCGAUAGACAGAAAACACAUCCGAUGUGUCAAUCCCUGUGGUGGUGGCUCAAAUUUCUUUAAUUAUAAAAAGUUUUUUUCGAUAGUACUCAUGGCAGUAGCAGAUGCUAACUUAAGCUUUGUUGCAAUAGAUGUUGGGGCUUUGGGUAAAGAUGGCGACUCAAAUGUGUUCAAAGACAGCAGUUUUGGAAAGAAAUUUUAUUCAAAGAAAUUGGACUUUACUCCUCCGUGCGCUCUACCUAGUACAAAUAGCAAUCCUCAGCCUUUUGUUCUGGUAGGUUAUGAAGCGUUUAAGCUGUCAACCAACCUAUUAUGCCAUUACCCAGCACGUCGCCCCAUCAGAUUCAUCGCUGUAAAAAAAACUUUUGUCGAAUCGGGGUGGUGGGGAGAGCGAGUGGCUCAGUCGCGUCUCGGCAUUGAAACAGUUCGCAUUGGUCCGGCGGCGAGCGGUGUCGGGUUACAACACCUGCAGCUGCUCUGGCGAGCGGUGUCGGGUGACAGUGCCGUAUGCAUUCGGCAAAGAUAA